AUGGGAGCUAGGGUUGGACUGCAGCACUACCAUUUGGGAUCGUCCGAUUCCUACAUCGGUAGCUCUCUUCACGAUCUCAACUCCGUCGAUGGUCCGCCGAGAGAUAUCGACGGCAUCGGAGGCUCAGGUGCCGGAGAUAGCUUGGACAACGACCGCGAUUCCUCUUCUGUGGACUGUAUGCACGAAUCAUACAGAAACGCUAUGCAAAUUCACAACGAAGGAGUUGAAGAAGAUGGCUCUAACAUGGACAACAAGGGAUCUUCUUACGAUCUUUUAAACGUUGAAGAUGUUUCACCGAUCGAAUCAGCAAGAGGGAGGUUUCUGCAGAUCAUCUUGGACCACUUUAUCAGCCAACAUGUGGUUGAAGUCUGUGCGAGCAAGCGUGAUCAAGAAACUGAUUCAGGAGGACAUGAUGCUAAUAGUAAAGUGAAGAGGAAGUCUGAUGAUACGCGAUACGAAGGUGAUUCGAGUUUCUCAUUGCCGUUGAUGUAUAUUGCGAAUCUGUACGAGACUUUAGUCGGUGAAGCAAAUGUGAGGCUUGCUUCAUUGAAUGGAUUAAGGGAAAAGUCCAUUGGGGUGGCUCUUGAAGCAGCUGGUGGUUUGUAUAGGAAACUAACAAAGAAGUUUCCUAAGAAAGGUAGUUGCAUGUACAGGAGAAGAGAACUAGCAACUUCACUUGAAACAAGGAGUAGGUUUCCAGAAUUGGUAACUCAUGAAGAGAAACGAGUUCGGUUUGUGGUGGUCAAUGGUUUGGAUAUCGUUGAAAAGCCUGAUGCUUUGCCUGUUGAAGAUGCUGAAUGGUUUAAGCGAUUAACAGGGCGUAGUGAAGUGGCUGUCUCUGCAAGAGAUUAUAAAUUCUAUUGCCCGAGACACAAGCAUAGGCGUGUUCAGAGUUCUGUCUCCAACAACAUCCAUGGCUUACCUACAUUUCCAGGUAUAGAUCCUUCAACGUUAGCUAAUACACAAGGAUUUCGCUCUGUUAGUGAAGAGCAAAGUCAACAACAACAGCAGCAACAACACACUCCUUCUCCUUCCAAACAUCACAUGUCAACUAUGUCUCAUCACCAUCCUCAUCAGUUUCACCAAGCUAUUCACCAGAGCCACCACCACCAACACCACCAUCAAUCUAUUUACCAAGGUCAACACGCCGCCGCUCAUUUUCCCGGUCAAUGCGAACCUGAGCUGACUCACAACCAGCACCAGUCACCAUCUAUGUCGCAGCAUAUGGCUUGCUUGCAACCCCUCACUGGAGGCCAUGUCAUGACAGCCAGUCCGGCGAAAUUCUGUGAUCAGUGUGGAUCACAGUACUUGAGAGAGACAUCCAAAUUCUGCUCCGAGUGUGGUUCCAAGAGGCUUGGGAUAUAG